UUACAAAUUCGUUAAUAGAAUUCUCGUGAAGAAUCGAAGCGACAUUUCCUUGGCUCCAUAUAGAGAGCGCGUUGGAAUGCCACCCGAUAUGACAAUGUGCUCGAGCACGGCAGAGAUUAUCUGGGUCCUCAGGAUUCUUUCAUUCUGUAUAAUGAUGUUGACUAUUUUAAACUUAUUCGCGUUGACGCAGGCCCAGCCGUUCAAAGGAUGCAGUUCAAAAAAUUACGUCGACCUCGGACAUGUGGUAGACGAGAACACCAUCGAGUUUCCGGGAGGAGCAAAGUUUAGGUACACAUCUCAGUUUGCCGGUCCUGAUCCAAACGGCGUGUGGUACUCUUCUAACGACUUCAAGACAGCAGAACACGCCGGUACCCAUUUUGACGCGCCGUAUCACUUUGAUAAAAACGGCCGAAAAGUAGCUGACAUCCCUUUAACCAAACUUAUAACUAAAGCUGUAUUCGUCAAUGCUUCCGCCGAAACAUCGGGCAAUUACAAGUACAAACUGCCGGCCUCUAAAUUGACCGAAUGGGAAAAAGCAAAUGGGCCAAUGCCAUCGAAUUCCGUCGUGAUUGUUGGAUUCGGAUGGUCGCACAAGUACCCAAAUCGAAAGGAGUACCUCGGCCCCAGCGACGACGAUCUCAGGUUCCCCGGAUUAUCGUUAGAAGCCGCCCAAUGGAUCGUUGACAGUGGAAAAGUGGUCGGAGUUGGCGUCGACACCGCUUCGGCUGACCAAGGGAGUAACACGGAUGUGCACGUCUCGUUGAUGAAAAACGACAUUUAUAUCCUGGAAAAUGUGAACCUCAACCAUCCGAGCUUACCACCGACUUUCGACGUAAUUGUAAUGCCCAUGAUGCUCAACAAUGGCACAGGAGCUCCUACCAGAAUAAUCGCCGCAUUAAACUAAUAAUAUUUUUAUGUAAAUAAUCCUUUAUUAAAUAGUAAUAAUAAAUUGUAAUAUUUCCUUUUG